AAAAAUCCAACACGCAGCACAGUUAUGAGUCUGUGCUUAGCUCACCUGAACUGUUUCUCGUUGCACAUGAACUGGAUCAGUCCCUCCUCAUCGGGCUCAUUCCACUUCAGCUCCACCGAAGAGCAAUCCACCACCUCCGGCUGCAGAAACAAAUUCCUGGCUUCUUUGUAAAGCCAGUCCUCUGGGGCGGGGAUUUCUUCAAUGCAGCCAUGCUGACGAAUCAGGUCAAUGGCUCUCUUGGGGCCGAUUCCCUUGAUAGUGCCACAGUAGUCACAGCCCAGCAGAAUGCACAGGUCUAUGAACUGGAGGCGAGAAAGAAAGACAGUCAGUCCCAAACCU